AUGGCAGCAACGGGAGCGGAGCGGGCGGUACUGGAGGAGGAAUUCCGCUGGCUGCUGCACUCCGAGGUGCAUGCCGUGCUGAAGCAGCUGCAGGACAUCCUCAAGUGCUAGGCGCAACGGUGCAGACAAGGCCCCCGCCUCGGGGAACAAAAUCUAAUCACGGCCUCAACGAAGCCGCACCCAGCUAGCACCAGCAGAUAUGCGAGUGCAGUGAGUUCCUGGAACCGGCAAGAGCCCCUAAAGCAAGCCCUACAGCUCCAGCAAGGAAGGCUUGCUUUGAAGCAGUGACAUCUACUUUGAGAGCUAAGGAUUCCUCCUCUCCCCCCCAGUGAAAUCUCAUCCAAGCUACUCAGCCUCUCUGGGCCUCUCUUUCAUCAAUUACAAAAAUAGGAGGCUUCUCUGCGCUUCACUCUGCCAGGUUCUGGCACUGAGAGUCCUGCCAAGCAGGAGAACUUCAUCCUGGGCAGCUGUGGGGAGGUGGGUGUGCAGUGCAUCCUGGACCAGCCAGCCGUAAGCCAGCAGUGGGAAGAGCAGCCAAUGGCGGGAAGAGGGGCCAGCGGCAGGUCCCGUCUGACCCUCACAUGUUGUAGCACAGACCAGGUGAAGGGCGUGCUGACUCUGCAGGGAGAUGCCCUCAGCCAGGCGGAUGUGAACCUGAAGAUGCCCAGGAACAACCAGCUGCUACACUUGGCCUUCCGAGAGGAUAAGCAGUGGAAGCUGCAACAGAUCCAAGAUGCCAGAAACCAUGUCAGCCAAGCCAUUUACCUCCUUGCCCACCGAGAUGAGAGCUACCAGUUCAAGACAGGUGCUGAAGUCCUCAAGCUCAUGGAUGCUGUGAUGUUGCAGCUGACCAGAGCCCGAAACCGGCUCACCACCCCAGCCACUCUCACCCUGCCCGAGAUCGCAGCCAGCGGCCUCACGCGGAUGUUUGCUCCUACCCUGCCCUCCGACUUACUGGUCAACGUCUACAUCAACCUCAACAAGCUCUGCCUUACAGUGUACCAGCUACACGCCCUGCAGCCCAACUCCACCAAGAACUUCCGCCCAGCUGGAGGCGCAGUGCUGCACAGCCCAGGGGCCAUGUUCUCUGCCAGCAGCUCAAGGACAAGGCAGCUAGGCCACGGUGCCACUUGGAGCCCUGCUCUCCCCAGCACUGACCUGGACCUCACCCGGGGCCUUGGAGGGGCUGAACACAUCCCCAGCAUUCUGCUGACCAUCCCCUCCCUUCGCAGAUCUCCGUGUUCUCCAGCUACUGGAGCUACAGACCUUUCUGAGCAGCGUCCCCCAGGAGCCUGUCCCCUGGGAGGGUGGCUCCUGCCCACAGAAUGCCUUUCCCCACCUACACAGUCCUCAGAGUGUUAUUUAUCUCCCUCACCCACCCUGCCCCAUUCGCUUGCAUUGCUGUGGUCAGACCCAGGAGUAUUAAUUAGGAGGAAGGACACUCACUGGUUUCGUGUUUGGUUGAGGUUUUGUGUCAGGAAGGUGGAGCCAAGGGGUGGCCACACUCCCAGCCCUGCCCUCCAAGGCAGCAUGGGAACCUUUGGACUGCUGGUGGCCAAGCCAGGCCUUUUCCUCCUCUCCAGCUGCCCCCGGGUGGUGGGGGCCACUCAGCUCCUGCUGAGGGAGGUUGUGGGUGGGGCCCUGAGCUGUGAGUUGGGAGGGAAGGAAAAGGGGCAGUGUGCUGAGCUGCCCUGUGAAUGAGCUGAAAAGCUGGGAUGUUUGUUCUGAAGCCUCAACACACAGCCUGUAAAAAAUAAAGAUCAUCAGACUUUGCCUGGAA